CCAUGCCAGCCCUGGGAGCUUCUUUUUCUCUCUUUCGGAGCCUUUAAAUGGGUGCGCAGGAACCAAGAGUCAUGGAAAAGAUAGUGUGCGUACUUCUACUUUUCCACGCAUCCCUGUCCCUCGCGGAGGCCGACAGACCACCCAACUUCGUGUUUAUGAUGGCGGACGACCUCGGAUACGGAGACCUGGGCUACAACGACGGCACGGCACAGACGCCCAACCUGGACGCCAUGGCGUCCGGUCCGCACAGCCUCCGACUGGACCGCUACUACAGCGGAGGGCCAGUUUGCUCUCCUACGCGUGGCACAGUACUGACGGGACGGAACCACAACCGCUACUGCGUGUGGACGGCGAAUGCAGGUAACAACUGC